AUGAGUUUCUUUCAGGGAAUCAUUGAUUCCUUCAACUCUGUUUUCUCUCCUCAAUCCUUCAAUUCGAAUUCAUCUUCUUCUUCUGAAACCAAUCUCAGUUCAAUGGAACCUUCUCCUUCUUCGAUUUCCAACGAACGCGUCGCUUAUAAGCUCAAAGGAUACUUCGAUUUGGCUACACAAGAGAUCGAUAAAGCUGUUAGGGCUGAAGAGUGGGUGUUGAUUGAUGACGCUAUUCUUCACUACAGGAAUGCGCAAAGGAUCCUUCUCGAAGCUAAUUCAACUCCUGUUCCUUCGUUUAUCACUUCCAGUGAGAAACAGAAGGUACAAUCAUAUCGUCAAAAGAUAUCAAAAUGGCAGGGACAAGUUUCUGAGAGAUUGCAGGCUCUUAAUAGACGGGCAGGUAGCUCAGUUUCCAAUCAGAGCACCUCAAACCAUGCACAAACUGCUGCAAUUCCCUCUAAACUGUCAAAUACUACCAAAAAAGUGUUACAAAAGGAUCCUCAAAGAAAAGAUGAAGUGAAUAAAGUUCAAAGCCCAAAAUCUAGUCAAACAUCUGGAGCAAAUUAUGACCCAAAACUGGUUGAAAUGAUUAACACUGCAAUUGUAGACCGAAGUCCUUCUGUUCGAUGGGAUGAUGUUGGUGGCCUUGAAAAGGCAAAGCAAGCUUUAAUGGAGAUGGUGAUUUUACCAACUAAAAGAAGAGACUUGUUCACAGGUCUUCGAAGGCCAGCUAGAGGUUUGCUUCUCUUUGGUCCGCCCGGUAAUGGUAAGACUAUGCUUGCCAAAGCAGUGGCUUCGGAAUCAGAAGCAACUUUUUUUAAUGUCACUGCAGCUUCCUUGACAUCAAAAUGGGUGGGUGAAGCUGAAAAGCUUGUACGGACACUAUUCAUGGUGGCUACAUCAAGACAGCCAUCUGUAAUUUUCAUUGAUGAGAUUGAUAGUAUAAUGUCAACAAGGACGGCAAAUGAAAAUGAGGCCAGCAGACGAUUAAAAUCUGAAUUUCUUAUCCAGUUUGAUGGGGUGACAUCCAAUCCUGAUGAUAUUGUAAUUGUAAUUGGUGCGACCAAUAAGCCACAAGAACUGGAUGAUGCAGUUCUUAGAAGACUGGUUAAGAGAAUAUACGUACCUUUACCAAAUGAAAAUGUUCGGAAACUUCUGCUAAAACACAAACUCAAGGGUCAAUCAUUCUCUUUACCUAGUAGAGAUCUAGAAAUGCUUGUAAAAGAGACCGAAGGAUACUCUGGAAGUGAUUUGCAAGCCUUGUGUGAAGAAGCUGCAAUGAUGCCAAUUAGAGAGCUGGGUCCAAACAUUCUUACUGUCAAGGCAAAUCAGGUAAGAGGACUGAGGUAUGAGGAUUUUAAGAAAGCAAUGUCUGUCAUUAGACCGAGUUUAAACAAAAGUAAAUGGGAAGAGCUUGAAAGGUGGAAUGAAGAGUUUGGCUCAAAUUGA